AAUUGUAAAGCUAUUAUCACGGUAUUUUGUUUGAAGCAGUUCUUUGUUCCGCUGGCAGACUGUUUAACGUGUUUAACCCACCAACUUCCCUGUCUCUUGCGUCCAAUCUAGCGCGCGGAUACAUCUCACUAAAGGCUUUGCAAUACCUCCACCCUCUUCUCUCUCCUGCGACAAGUUAUUCUAUGCCUGCGACCGUCGCACCGUUCCAUUUUAGGGACCAUAGUUCCAUGAUGUAAACUUCUGCUCAACAUAAAUGCAAACCAGGAGAAAGAACUAGCGACGAAAAGAUGUCUUCUCGAAGGAAAGCCACAGCACCGAGACGGCUCGGCGUGCAGGGAGAUAACGCUGCGCGGUGCGGACAAAGCGGUGCACUUCAACGUCUUGCAAGCGGCAGUUUCAUAAUAGACGAAUCUGGUGGCAAUGAUUCUUGUCUGCCAGCACCUGCGAAAAAACGAAAAAGCAGGAGCAAGAAACUGCUCUUAGAUCAAGAACUAGAGAGCCUUCUGGAAGGCUGUGAUUAUGCAUUGCAAGUGGAGCGUCAAGAUGAGCAUGCAGAUUGCAUCAUGUUUUGUCUUGGCCAAGUACAGUUAACUGCACAUCCAGUAUCGGAUGGCAGGAGACUGGAAGAUGCCUUGAAAUGUAGCUACAGACUUCUUAUUGGGUGCAAAACUGAGCAGACCGAUUGCCGUGUGGUUUACAACUGCAGUGGCCAGUGGCUGUGCUUUGGUGCAACAUUGCUUGCUGAUGAGGGUGUGCGGCUCAUCCUCUCGCACAGAAAAUCUGUCUUUCUUGAGGUGGCAAAAGUGGAGGACUAUUGCAUUGUGUUGGAUGUGCUGCUUUCACCAACAAAUGUCUAUCGCCUUAGUCAUGCCAGUGACUCGCCACGCAACUCUGUAAAUUGGGAAGUGCAGACUCUCGUUCACCAUUUCUUCGGCAUCAGUCACACUUCAAGGCACAUUGAAACGGAGAAGUUUCGGAGACAGGACUUUGACUUGCUCUACGCAAGGAUUGCUGCUGCCCAGUCACUGCAUCCUGCUGCAGAUGAGGACGUGAACGAUGUUCAGCAUGCAGCAUUGCGGCCCACACUGCGGCCAUACCAAAAGGAAGUGGUCAGGUGGAUGCUAAAACGAGAGCAGCCACUUGCUGAGAUCUCGGUGGACAAUUUCCUGUACCUGCCACUGGUUGACUGCUAUGGGAAAGUGCUCUACUACAACAAAUACGCAGGCUUCUUUGUUGAAAAGAAGAUGGACUUUGUGGGCGCUACCACACCUGGUGGCAUCUUGGCUGAUGAAAUGGGACUUGGCAAGACAGUGGAGCUGCUUGCGUGUAUCCUUCUGCACCCAAUGCCCAUCUGUGAUCAAACCUUGGCCGGGGCGAGUGACACCGAGGAGUAUGAGCUUUCCGAUGACGAUGGGCACUGUGCUGAGGGCUUGGCCGAUCUGCCUGUGGCUACUCGGGUGGAGUGCCUCUGUGGUAGCUUGGCCCUCGGCACAGACAUUGAGGAGGUGGUGUGCUGCCCUGGCUGCCGUGUCUACCACCACCUGGCGUGCACCACCAGUGGCGGCCUCCGUACUGGCGAGAAAUACCUCUGUCCACACUGUUGGGUGGACUCUGCAAAGGAGAAGGUCAGAGUGAAGACGACCCUCAUAGUCUCGCCAUCAAGCAUCAGCUUCCAGUGGCUGGAAGAGAUUGAACGACACCAGAAGGAUGACAAGCUGCACGUGAUGGAGUACCGAGGUGUACAGAGCCAUGGCUUUGUCUCACCACCAACAUUUGCCAACUAUGACAUUGUGCUGACCACUUAUGAGGUGCUCAAAAAGGAGCUCAACUUCACUGACUUGCCACACGCCAAUAGUACCAACGGCCGGUCAUUCCGUAAGCCACGCAAGUUCCUGCCUACGCCGUGCCCAUUGACAGCGUUGCUCUGGUGGCGAAUUUGUCUAGAUGAGGCCCAGAUGGUGGAAGGCACAGCCACCAAGGCAGCCCAGAUGGCCCUCAAGCUGUCGGCAGUCAACCGCUGGUGUGUCACCGGAACACCCAUCCAGAAAAACCUGCACGACAUGUAUGGUCUGCUCCUAUUUCUCAAUGAGGAACCGUACAAUGUCAAAUUAUGGUGGAACGAAUGCCUUUUGCUGCCAUACUGCCAUGGGGACACUGAUCCACUUGUCACUGUGCUUUCAAGAUGCUUCAAGAGGACCAUGAAGAGGAAUGUCCUGGAACAGAUUGGCGUUCCACCUCAGCAGAGCAUCUUACACACCCUUACCUUCUCUCCUGUCGAAGAAGUUUUCUACGAACGACAAGCUGAACGAUGUGCCUCGCUCUUCAGGGAACAAGUUUACAAAUUUCCUGACCAUAGCAUCAGAAUUGAACAACUGGACAGGCACUCUGUUGGACUGCUCCUGCAGCCACUGGUUCGGUUGCGGCAGGCCUGCUGCCAUCCUCGUGCUGUACGGGGUGCCUUCCUACCAAUGAGGACUGAUUCAUUAACCAUGGACGAAUUGUUGGCAUCGCUUAUCAAAAAGACAACAGUGGAAUGUGAAGAAGCGCAUCGACGAAUGGUGUCAGCUAUGAAUGGAAUCGCAGGCAUCCACAUAAUCCGGGAUGAAAGGAGGGAGGCCGCCGAUGCCUACAGAGAAGUGCUUUGGUCGGUGAAGGAUCACAGCAGGAACAUCAAGACAGACCGGCUGCAGCAGCUGCAUGCCCUGCACAAUCUGGCCCAGCUGCUGGAUGCUUGUAGAACUGAGGGAGUGAUGCCACUUGACCACAGUGGGGAAUGCUUGCAAAGCAGCCAGGACACCAAAAUUCAGCUGGAUUUUGUCACACGUUUAUCAACGAGUACUGCUGGCACUUGUGCCUCAACACUGGGCAGUGUUCAGAGUGCUGGUGACUGUGGUCCCAGAAGUUUGGUACCUGAUCGUAUGGGCAACACUGGCAUCUGUGACAGUGCAAGUGAGCCUUCAGAUGGUACCGCAAAUGUAAGUGAGCCUGAUGUGACUAGCGCCAUGUCUGUGUGCACUGCAGAUGGAGAUAGCUAUGAUCCUACAUCCACGCUUGGCUCUAGUGAACUUGCUCAUCCUGCUAGCACAAUGUUGGACAGUACUGCAAUUACCAGCAGCUGCAACUCUGAAAGCAGUGCCCAAAGCUGCAGUCACAGUAGUAUGAUUUCAAGCUGUGCUGAGAAUGCUGGUUGCCAUGAUAAUGCAAAUGUGUUACCAGGGGGGGCCGUGAACACUGGUAACUGUGGUUCUGCAAGAAACCCUGGUGUAUUAGAUAGAACUUUCUGCACCAGUGUGCCUGCUGUUGCGUGGACAAAAAAAACAGCUGAUUUAAUGAAGUCGACAACUUCUAUCACUCCGAAAGUUGCCUACAUUCCACAGGCUCCUAUUGAUGACCAGCUCCACGAGGAAGCGGCUAAGUUGCGAGAGUCAUACCUGGAAGGCUACCUGACCACAAUUCACGCUACGAAGAAGCAGUUCAUGCAGGCAACCCAGGCAGUUAUGGAAACAGUCAACAAGUUUUCACUCCCCAAGAGGCAGCCGUGGUGGAGCACCCUCUUGAAUGCAAGCAUGGAAAGCAAUAAAGAUGAAUGGCUUGUUGGGAAGAUUAAGGAUGACUUGGAAGCAAAGAAGUCAAAUGUAAAGUCUUCAUCAGUCACCGACCAGUUCAACACAGCUCAUGGAUUACAGUACGUGAUGGACACCCAGUUGAGGCAGCUGGAGGCAGCCAGGGAGAACCUGCUCGGCACAGUCAAGGCUCUCUCAGCCAACCCAUCAGCUGAUGAGGUUGUAUCAGCGGUUGAAUGCCAUCUCAGGCCAAGCAAGAAAAAAAGGAACAAGUGCAACUACUGUGUUGUGCACGAGCUGUUCAAUUUGUACGAGAGUCGCCUGUUCUGCUUCUCUGAGGAUGCUGCACACGAGGAGGCCCAAGACAAGGAGGAUGCACUGUUUGGUGCCCUCCGUCGUGGGAACUGGGGGGACAGCAACUUGGAGAAGAUCAUCAAAAGCUUGAGCAAAAGUUCAUUCUUUGCAGGUGACACAGCCCUUUGCAGUGAUGGUCAGGUGCACGUCCAGCUGUUUGCUGCUUUGAAGAAAGAAUUUCGGGCAAUGCGAGCAGUAUACAUGAACAUCAGGGAUCUUGUGGGAGCCCUUGAUGAACUUGAGAUGGCGACUGUCCGCCUGGAAGUCCAUCUCCCCGUCGAGGAGGUGGACAAGGAUGCCCCACCUUUGCCUGUGAACGUCCUUAGGCCAUGGGAGGUGCCAGAGCAGUGGUCAAUGCUUCUCCAUGAAAAAGAGCUGCACAAGAACAAUCUCAAGAAAAAACUGGGACAACUUUUCUACCUGCAAAACCUUGCAAAGGCUGGCAGCCACAGGGCGGGUGAGUGCAACCCUGAGCCGUGCCCCAUUUGCCGGAAUGAACUGGGCACCCGUUGGAGUGUGAUGCAGUGUGGCCACAACUUCUGCCUGGACUGCAUCAAGAUGGUGUGCAGCACUCCAUCCUCCAUGCGCAGUGGCAGCCUGUUGUGUGCCGUCUGCAGAAGCAGCUGCGCUCAUGGGGAUGUCUUCUAUGUCCAGACCACUCCGCCAUCGGCCCCACCGUCCAGGUUUUCCCUCAAGGGCAGCCACACCACCAAGAUAGGUGGCAUCGUAGAGACAAUUCUGGAGAUAAAGGCUGAUGACCCUGAUGCCAAGGCCCUUGUGUUCUCUAGCAAUAAUUUAGCACUGUUCAGGCACGACCCAUCCAUCAUGGUGCUGCUGCUUCCUCUUUCACUGGGAGCCAAAGGCCUCAACCUGACGGAAGCCACUCAUGUGCUCCUCGUCGAACCUAUUCUCAACCUUGGGGAGGAGCUGCAAGCCAUAGGGCGGGUUCAUCGUAUUGGGCAAACACGGAAGACUUACAUUCAUCGCUUCAUGGUGAAGAAUACUAUAGAGGAACGCAUUGUUGACUUCUUAAAAUCAUCGCAGACGUCUCGGAGCUGUUUAGAGGACCAUGCAAAAGUGACCAUCGAUGACCUAAAGAAUCUGUUCAAGUGAACCUAAUCCUUUCAGUCUGCAAACUGUACCUAUUUCAUUUUCAUUACACAGCAACAUGCAAAGACCUUCAGUGUUUUCUGGAUUUUAAUGUAUUGUUCACAAGUCUCUGGAGAGCUUCAUCUCUCGAAGGUGUCCGAAGAGACAAUUUUCUUCACACUCGAAACCACUGCUUGUCAGAACAUAUGUUGAUCGUCCGAGCCUCUUCAGUCAGCAGAUAUUGUAAGCUGUCUUCUCAAUAUCCACCUUACAAUUUAAGGCCACCAACACCAUCAUUCAUGGAGAACCCUCUUAAGUUUGCAAGUCAGGCCGUGUAAAUGUCUGUGUUCAUGCACUUUUUGACUUGCAGGCCUGGUCACACUGAUGUGACUCGACGCCGACGCCAACGAUUGGCCGGCUAGUCGGAAGCUCAUGUUGCUGAGAGGCAUGUUUCCAUAGAUGGAUGUGUUCAGAUUAGGACAGACUAAAGGGGUUCCCGAUUAUUUUUAGUUUUCAGCAAAACUAUUAUGUGGGGUUGGAAAAUGUCUCUGUAGAAAGAAAUGAACCUUUGUCUUGCGAAGCUUACUACCAACUUCGUGAAAGAAAGUCGUAUUUCACUAAAGGUGGAAGAGAGUGUUUUAAUGACUUUCAGAUUUUACAAAUUUUAAGGCCAACCAUUCUAAAAUUAAUGCACUGUACCCCAACAAAAAUUUUUUUUGCAAAUAUGAACUUCUAGUACUAUUUACUCACACACAUAGUAUGUUCUUAAAAAAAUUUCCUACAUUGGUUUUUGAGCAACAGCCUUUGGCUUACCCAGAAAGCAGGGUUUCCUUUGGGCCACUAAGGAAACCCUAAGGCCAUAAAGCUGAAAAUAUUUCUGACAAAUUUUGCAUGGUUUCUUGCAAACUAAAAUAAAAGUGUGCAGCUACACCACCUAUUUAUUUAGUUACAAAAUCACAAAAUGCCAAAUUUGUAGAAAAAAUUGCGAAAAUUGCUGCAUUUUAGAGAUGUUUAAGAAUAUGAUCACUGAUUUCUAUGAAAAUUUUCCAGAAAAGCCACGCAGGACUGUUAAAUCUAUUACUGCAAAAUUGUGUUACAUUAUUUCAUUUUAAGUGAGAAAAUUGAGCCUAUCUUAAGACCCAUGUAGGGACAUCCUAUUGAUGUGUCUUGUUCUAAUAAUGCAAUAAAUAUCAUACUCAUAUUGAA